UGCAUUUGCAACAUUGUUGUGAUUGUGAGCAUUUUACCCAGAGUACACCGGGAAACGGACAGAGGAACAUGGCGCAGGGUCGGUGAGGAGGACGCUGAGCAAUUGAGGAUUAUAUUCCGUGGAUAUUUCUGAGAUCAUGCUGAAAUCCUAAAAUGAGAGUGUGAAAUGGUCUCACUUCCGAAGUCUUGGAUAUCUACCACUGCCCCUUUGAUGAAUAAUAGGAAAACGCCUCUCAGGAAUACCUGCAAUUGCAUUCAUAAACAUUUCUUUAGGACUUACAACCCCUGAGCAUUGUUUUUGAUUCACAAACGUCACAUUUUCAUCUGAUUAUUACAUUGGAAAAUGGCUGAGAGAAAUAAAAGGAAUAUAGAGGUCCCACAAGGAGUUGAUAGACUUCGAGUGGAGCAUAAAAAGGUAAAACAAAUAACGAAUUAGCUUGCUACUGUAGCAACCUGGCUAGCGUGAGCUGUGUGUGUUGACAAUGCACGCGGUCGACUGUAGAAUUUUGCUAAUCUUUUUGCACUUUCAUGAGAUGAGACAUAAAUGCAUUCUCUUUCAGCAGGUUGCAUAUUCAUUUAUGCGCGUGUGGCCUCUUCGACAGAUCAUUUAUCGUGGAAACUUUCUAAACCUUUUUUCUAGAAGCUUCCUUGAGCCAGCGGUCACAUGUUGCUUGUUCUUGUUUAUUUCAGCGUGGAUCCUGGCCAAGCCAUGUUGUGGAACCGUCGAGUAUGCAUCCAGUUUUUCAAUUGCUCUGAUGUUGACACAUGUUUAAUUAUAUUUUUCAGCAAGUACAAUUCAUGAAAAAUAAACAAAUGAACCAUGCACGUAACUAUACACACACGCAUUUCCUUGUGCGGCCGGCCUACUGCCGAAUAAAAAUGGACCUAGAUUCAACAUCCAUAACUAACUAGUUUCAUUUUAUCUAAAUGUAAAGAGAAUAUCAAUCCAAAGUGUAGGGCAUUGAUGACUGAUGGGAUGUUUAAUAAAAGGCAUUAGCUGGCAAUGCAAAUGCAUUACAGGACAACAGUAAAUAGACAGCUAGCUAGUCAGUUGGGAAAGUCUUGUUGUGUUACAUUAGAAUUGGAGUCAUACAGUAUGCAAUGAAGGAGCGUGGAACUUUACGCUUUCUUUCAAAUAGAAACAUAGGCCUAAUGUGUUGAGGAGACAUGCUUGGUUUAAUCUCUGUCAUGUUAAAUAAAGAAUUGUGCUAUGGCACGUUCCAUAGCCCACAGCAUGUUUCAUAACUCUACCCAAAGUGUAGUACUGUAGUAGGCUACUUCCUAGUAUGACAUCCAUAGCAAAGUAUGCAGAUGCCCCUUCCUGCCUCCAGGCUGGUGCUCCUGUUUAUGUAAGUAUAUACUGUGAGGUUCAGAAAAACGUUUGAUCCUUUUUACGUUUUGAUACAGUUCAUCUUUGACAGCUGUUUAACCAAAACACUAAAGUUCCCGAUAAUUUGCUUCCGUGUUGUUUGCCCCCCAGUGAGUAAGUGUAAACAACUGGAAAAUGGAGGGGGUCUUCUGACCGUUUUUUAGGAAGAAUAGAAAUGCAAAGUUUGACCUAAAUAAUUGUCACUCUGUCAACAACAGGUGGUGCAAGGCUGCGAAGGUCAGAUCCAGCACUGGUGAGUUUGUGUAGUAAUUCCACGUAGUGACUAUGGCAUAGGAGUCAGACACUACCGCUCAUACACACAGCAUCUCGUGAGUUAUGGUGCUGCUGUGCUUCUAGAUUACAUUACUAGUUACACCCCGAGUCACUCACCACUUCCUUGAUAGUACAUAGAUAGAUAGGCUAAACAUAAGAUCUGUGUGUUCUUUCAGGCAUAACCAGUAUACCAGGAAGGGCAUGUGUAACAUUUUGUGUGUGUGCCAGUAUUGAACUGAAAUAAAAACAACUUUGGACUUUCAGGGAGAUGGUAAAAGGCGACUAUGAAGCCCUCGAGGAUCGACUCAAAACUCUUCCAGAUCAGGUGUCCUAUGACAUCAUGGUACGUUCCACCUCUCUUAUCAAAUUAAAGUUUAUUGGUGGUGUACACAGAUUUGCAGAUGUUAUUGCAGGAGCAUGUAUAUAUAUAUAUAUAUAUAGUGCAUUCGGAAAGUAUUCAGACCCCUGCACUUUUUCCGCAUUUUGUUAAAUUACAUUUUUUCUUCAUCAAUCUACACACAAUACCCCAUAAUGACAAAGCAAAAACAGGUUUAGAAUUUUUUUCAAAUGUCUAAAAAAUAAAAAACAGAUACCUUAUUUACAUAAGUAUUCAGACCCUUUGCGAUGAGACUCAAAAUUGAGCUCAGGUGCAUCCUGUUUCCAUUGAUCAUCCUUGAUGUUUCUACAACUUGAUUGGAGUCCAUCUGUGGUAAAUUCAAUUGAUUGGACAUGAUUUGGAAAGGCAUACACCUGUCUAUAUAAGGUCCCACAGUUGACAGUGCAUGUCAGAGCAAAAACCAAGCCAAGAGGUCGAAGGAAUUGUCCAUAGAGCUCCGAGACAGGAUUGUGUCGAGGCACAGAUCUGGGGAAGGGUACCAAAAAAUGUCAGCAGCAUUGAAGGACAACCAUCGCUGCAGCACUCCACCAUUCAGGCCUUUAUGGUAGAGUGGCCAGACGGAAGCCGCUCCUCAGUAGUAAGGCACAUGACAGCCCGCUUGGAGUUCCCAAAAGGCACCUAAAGGACUCUCAGACCAUGAGAAACAAUAUUCUCUGGUCUGAUGAAACCAAGAUUGAACUCUUUGGCCUGAAUGCCAAGCGUCACGUCUGGGGGAAACCAGGCACCGCUCAUCACCUGGCCAAUGGUGGUGGCAGCAUCAUGCUGUGGGGAUGUUUUUCAGUGGCAGGGACUGGGAGACUAGUAAGGAUCGAGGGAAAUAUGAACGGCGCAAAGUACAGAGAGAUCCUUGAUGAAAACCUGCUCCAGAGUGCUCAGGACCUCAGAUUGGGACGAAGGUUCACCUUCCAACAGGACAUCGACCCUAAGCACACAGCCAAGACAACGCAGGAGUGGCUUCGGGACAAGUCUCUGAAUGUCCUUGAGUGGCCUAGCCAGAGCCCAGACUUGACCUGAUCGAACAUCUCUGGAGAGACCUGAAAAUAGCUGUGCAGUGACGCUCCCCAUCCAACCUGACAGAGCUUGAGAGGAUCUGCAGAGAAGAAUGGGAGAAACUCCCCAAAUACAGGUGUGCCGAGCUUGUAGUGUCAUACCCAAGAAGACUCGAGGCUGUAAUCGCUGCCAAAGGUGCUUCAACAAAGUACUGAGUAAAGGGUCUGAAUACUUAUGUAAAUAAUGCUACAAACUUCUUCCAUUUAAGAAUGAUGGAGGCCACUGUGUUCUUGGGGACCUUCAAUGCUGCAGAAAUGUUUUGGUACCCUUCCCCAGAUCUGUGCUUUGACACAAUCCUGUCUUGGAGCUCUACGGACAAUUCCUUUGACUGUCAACUGUGGGACCUUAUAUAGACAGGUGUGUGCCUUUCCAACUCAUGUCCAAUGAAUUGAAUUUACCACAGGUGGACUCCAAUCAAGUUGUAGAAACUUCUCAAGGAUGAUCAAUGGAAACAGGAUGCACCUGAGCUCAAUUUCGAGUAUCAUAGCAAAGGGUCUGAAUACUUAUUUACAUAAGGUUUUUUUCAAAUUUUUUAAAAUAAGUUAGCAAAAAUUUCAUAACCUGUUUUCGCUUUGUCAUUAUCAGGUAUUGUGUAGAUUGAUGAGUAAAAAAUUAAUUUAAUGAUUUUUAGAAUAAGGCUGUAACAUAACAAAAUGUGGAUAAAGAGAAGGGGUCUGAAUACUUUCCAAAGACAGUAUGGACAGCAUAUGAUCAGAAAAGGUGUGUACGGUAGUAGUUAUAUCGGAUGAGCCAUGAAUAGAAUACAGUGUAUAUAUAUUUUAACCGCAGCAGUAGCCUAGCGUUUAGGAGCGUUGGGCCAGUAACCGAAAGGUCGCUGGUUCAAAUCCCUGAGCCGACUAGGUGAAAAGUCUGUGCCCUUGAGCAAGGCACUUAACCUUAAUUGCUCCAGGGUCGCCGUCAAUAAUAGCUGAGGGUCUCUCAGGGGGAGUGGGAAAUGCAAAAAAUAAAUGUCCAAUUCACACUUGUACAUGUGUGAAAUAGGACAAAUGUAAGUACCCAUAUAAAAAGUGGGUAAAACAGUCCAAACCUUUUUUUCGGCUGUAGGAAAUAAUACAUUUACAUUUAAGUCAUUUAGCAGACGCUCUUAUCCAGAGCGACUUACAAAUUGGUGCAUUCAACUUAGGAUAGCCAGUGGGACAACCACCACUGGGGGAGGGGGGUGGGGUAGAAGGAUUACUUUUAUACUAUUCCAGGUAUUCCUUAAAGAGGUAGGGUUUCAAGUGUCUCCGGAAGGUGGUCAGUGACUCCGCUGUCCUGGCGUCGUGGGGGUGCUUGUUCCACCAUUGGGGUGCCAGAGCAGCGAAUAGCUUUGACUGGGCUGAGAGGUAGGGGGGCUAGCAGGCGAGAGGUGGAUGAACGUAGUGCCCUCGUUUGGGUAUAGGGUCUGAUCAGAGCCUGAAGGUAAGGAGGUGCCGUUCCCCUCACAGCUCCGUAGGCAAGCCCCAUGGUUUUGUAGUAGAUGCGAGCCUCAACUGGAAGCCAGUGGAGUGUCCGGAGGAGCGGGGUGACAUGAGAGAACUUGGGGAGGUUGAACACCAGACGGGCUGCAGCGUUCUGGAUAAGUUGUAAGGGUUUAAUGGCACAGGCAGGGAGCCCAGCCAACAGUGAGUUGCAGUAAUCCAGAUGGGAGAGGACAAGUGCCUGUAUUAGGACCUGGAGGUAAUACUAGAAACUUUCUGAGUAAAUAAUGUAAGAAAUAACACAAAAAAGUGAAAUACUGCAAAGUUGGCUAGGCGCUAGAAAACAGAGUGACCAAUGUUGGUAGGCGCCAUCUUAUCCAGUCAAAUGCAGUAAAUGCACUGGGGAGUGAGUUUCCAUAGCAGGUUCUUAUUUACGGUUCAUUGAAUGAGGUGUGUCAACAGAGUUAAUUCCCAGGCCAUGCAACCUUACUAUGAAUUGUCCCCUCUUGAUCUAGAGUGAAAACACAGAGCAGUUAAUACAGCGAGAUGGGUGCUUCUGAGAUGUUUACAUGUGGUGUGUUGUAGGGAAGGCCUUAUCUUUGACUACCAGUUUCUAUUGUCCUUUUCUUUCAGCUAUUCAGUUUCACUUUUAGUUUGUAAAAAAAUAUGCAGAACCAUGUUUAAUUGCCCUAAUAUAUAUAUAUAUAUAUAUAUAUAUAUAUAUAUUAAUGUAUAAAAUACAAUAAAAACGAUUGAAAGUCAAGUUGAAACUUGAACUCGAAACUUGAAUAAUGCAGUAAUAAAAAAACACCUAUGACCCCCUAACCCCCCCCCCCCCCCCCCCCCCUUCCCAAUGUUGAUCUCCUUCCCCUCCUCUCUGCUGUAACAGGUGCCGUUUGGUCCUUUGGCCUUCAUGCCUGGGAAGCUGGUCCAUACCAAUGAGAUCACCGUGCUGCUGGGGGACAACUGGUUUGCAAAGUGCUCUGCCAAGCAGGCCCAGAAGCUCGUGGAGCACAGGAAGAAACGUGUGUUUGUUUUGGAAGCCAUUUUUUAUUUUUUCAGAUACCAUGGCACCUUGCCCAACUCUGACACUCACAUAACUAAUAUUAUGAAAAUACUAGAUAACUCCUCAAUUGUAGGCCUAUAUAUUGUUUAGCAAUGUAUACUAGUGAUAAUGCUUAUUGAGAAAGAUUGAGGUAAUGUUUUGAAUGUCUUCUCAACACUACCACGGUUCAUCCAGCAGGGGGGGCUGUUGUCAUAGAUUUGCUGUCAGACAAACCGAGAAAGAGGUGAUCCCUCAGCUCAAACUCAAAGUUGAAUGGCUACUUUUUUUGUGAAUACUUGGAUUGUUAGAAUGUUUGAUCUAUUCUUGCUGGUGGGCAAUUGUCUAUGAAAAAUUACAACUGCAUUAGCAAAUAAGUAAUAACACACAAUCAUCUUGGUCAUAAUUUGCAAUACUGCAAGUUCAUUUCUAUUGAAAAUGUGGAAUUGUGUCCAGAAUGUUUCACAGCGAUAAUGCCAUUGGUUGGUUACUCAAAUGGAUUUUGGCCAUCCUCUGCAAUCAUUUCGUCACAAUAAGUCCAGCCUUAAAUCCUCCUGUCCAUUCAUUCCACUGCUGGCCUUUCUUACUAAUGAAAAACAUGAACAUACAUGGAAAAAAAGUGCAUACAUAAACACCCACGUAAGAGAACGUUGUUUCCCCUUCGCUCCCCUUUGGUAUUCACUCUGCACCCGAAAAAGCUAUUUAAUAUAGUGUCAAAUGGGCCUAAAUAACAAUGUGUGAUGAUGAUGGGAGCAUUAUUAGACUGGUGUUUACCUGAAGCGUGAAUGUGCCAUAACCUUCCCUGACCUUGCCCAGGCUGCUUUUACACAACUAAGUGCCAUAAUGCAAACAUGGAUGGCUGAGAUCUUUCAAACAGCCCCGCUGUCAGGCCUUCCGCAUUUGACCUUUCCCCAACGUUUCGGAGAAGUACGGCUUGAAGGCUCGCUGUCGCCAUGGCAACGGGGCCCCUGCUGCCAUUAGCGAACGGGGGUUUAAUUGUUGUGAAGAUUUAAUGAUCCGAAGUAGCACCGAGGGCGUGCGAUAUUAUGAACUGUUUGUGUCAUCAUUUUCCCUUUUUUUGACUGCGUUCUGAGUUUAACCCCUUGCUGGCUGAUUUUUCAGAUUCCAUCACACCAUUUUUGCUCUUUGUUUUUUAGAUGUAAAUAGUGCGCUGGAUGACUUGCACAAGACGAGGAAGAACUUUGAAGCCAGAGUUGGGUUCACAGAGGAUUUAGAAAAACUCUCAGGCGUAAGUGUAAUUACUGUGAUAACAAAAAGCUUUUAGGAUCCUUCAGCCAGCUUAUCUGAUAGACAAACUCCAUGUGCGGAAAAUCAAUUUAUAUGAUCAGAUAUUGUAAACACACACACACACUUAUACCCUUCUCUCUUUCCUCAGGCUAAAGGGGACUAUGUGGAAAUCAGAGAAGAGGUUGGAAGUAUUGAAGAAAUUGUCAGCAAAGGAAAGCAGCGUGUGGCCCUUAAGCCCCACUCUAAGCCGAAGAUGGAGGCUGUUGUGAAGAUAGAGGAAGAAGAGGAGGUGGACGAAGAGGGCGGUGGAGAGGGAGAUGGAGGGAGCAGGAGAGGAGUGCUGUCUGAGGAGGAGCUAUGGGCCAGACUGGACGAGCUGGAAGUGCUGGAGGAGCAGGAAGAGGAGCGUCACAGGUAGAGUUACAUACACACACACACACACAAAAUGCAUAGAUGUUCAAAUUGAGGAGUAAUUCAGCGCCACUCUAUCCACCUUCACACCUGUGUUUCAUUGCAAAAUAUAGCGAAGAUUAGAUUUAUCUCGGCUUGAUACUUUGUUUCUAUUGUUUUCAGACGGUUUGACAGUGCAGACACCAAUGGCAACGGCAACGACGACACAACAUCCUCUUCCUCUGAGGAGGAGAAGGAGGGAGAUAGCGGCAGCCAUCAUCGUGUCAAUGGACAUGAUGAGAGGAGCAAAGGCAGGACGUCUGUGCCUCACAACGGUGACCAACUCAACGGUACAGCCCAGUCAACCAGGGACGGGGAGGAGGAGGAAGGCAACUGUUUGCCUACCAUCUAUUUCUCUCAUACGGUGGAACCUAAGAAGGUCAGUGUGUAUAAAGCGUAUUAAACUCAAUGCAGUCAACAUGUAGUCCAUUAUGUUAUUUGAGCUAUGUAAAUCAAUGUACUACAUCUCUGUCUGUCUCCCUCUGUUUCUCCAGGUGAGGAUAAACACAGGGAAGAACACCAUGUUGAAGUUCAGUGAGCUGAAAGAACAGAAGCAGCAAGCCAAGAGGAAAAAGAAGAACGGUACCAGCAACGGCCACUCUCACCACGGGCUCCACAACAUCACCACGCCCACAGACCUCUACAGGUACACACACACACACACACACACACACUACAGGCUACACAUCAGUCAUAAAAUGUUUGGUUGGCAUAAACCUUUAGGCAACAUUUUGGAUCAAAUGUACAAUUGGCUUAUAUGAAAUGUUGUUUACUCUGAAUGUUUCCAGAUUUCUUUGUUCUGAUUCAGUAUGGUGUCUGUCUACUUACAGGUUCUGUGCUCCGAUUGGGUAUAAUGGUUGACUGGGUCCAUGUCUAUUAACAAGUUCUGCGAUCUGAUUUGGUAUAAUGGCUGACUGGGUGUAUGUUUGUGGCCUUUUGUCAGGUUGUUUGUGGAUGUGAAGAACGGCGAGCCCAUCCCCAGGAAGUCCAUCCUGAAGUCCCGGAGCAGAGAGAGCAGUGUGUGUAGCGACACCAGCGAGAGCAGCGCUGCUGAUUUCGAGGAGCGCCGGACGUUCGGACGCACUCUGAGCCAUGACGAGAACACGUACAGCGACACCAGCGACGGCAUCACGGAGGAGGACAGCCCCACCGGGGUCCCCCUACACCCCACCAGCCGCUUCCAGGUAAACUCAGCUGGUCCUGACUUUCCAAUACUCUGGCAAUAUUCUAAUAAUGUAAAGAUCUUCAAUUCAGUUCCAACAACUUUAUUUGUCCCCUUAGGCCAAUUCUUAUUACGACUACAGCAGCGCUUCAGACGCAUACAACAAACCGGCACAGAUACAAUAAAUAGAAAAGAAACAUGAGAGAUAAUGAUUUAAAUGUACAGUGCAAAACAUAAGAUAAUCAGUACAAAACAUAUACAAGAGACAGGGGUGAUUAGUUCACAUUGAACAGCAAUGUCUUUGAACUUUGAAUGUUAAAUAAAUGCAUAGAGCAGGAGUGGUCUAUGUCCUCCCAAGUUUACAGUGUCACAUUAACCUCCAUCUUAUUCUUUGUCAUUGAUCCAGGCCUUUUCAGGCACAGUGGUUGAGAAGGAGCCCAUUCCCUCGUCGAUCCCUCAAUUCACCAUUGCUCUGCAAGCGCUGCCCACCAUCCCAGAGAGGAAGCUGGAGGAGGUGGCCCCCGAAGCCCCCCAGGAGGCCCCCAAGAGGGUGUCCAAGUUCAAAGCUGCCCGGCUGCAGCAGAAGUGACCCAGCAGAGCCAGUCUCCAGGAUCCACACUACUGGCUCCUUUUUUAACAUUGAUUUUCUACACCUACACUUUUUUGAGUCGGACAGACCGUGAACACACACUAUGAUCUGCCAUGGCUCUUAUUUUUUGCAUCACUCGUCAAGCCUCACUUCUUCUCUUUGAUAACGCUUUUCCUGUUAGUACACAUGGUUUCUAUUGCAAUAUGGCUAUUCUGUAAGAGGCAGUACUCUGUAAGAGUAGCAUAACAUAGUUGAGAAGGCAACCCAACGCCCUCACGCUUAACCAUUUACCUGCCUUGUAUAAUGGAACAUUAAGCUUUUUAGCUAUGAACCCCGUUCUUUAUGAGUUAGUACUUCACUGCAAUAUGUAUUUAAGUAAAGAGGUAGUUUAUUUAGAACCCUCGUCCUCCAACAUUAUGGCACUACAC